UGUCUUAGCGUAAUCGAGAUGAAAGUAGAAAAACUUGAACUGAUUGAGGCCUUCAAACUCAAUAUAGACGAAUAUAAGUCUCCGGAAAAAUAUAACUCGAAAAACUCAUGUCCUCAAUGGCUCUUUACAUUCUUAUUCGCAGGACGGACCAAUACAGGAAAAUCUACUGAAGUUGUUCACCUUUUG